CGCCAAUGCGGUUGUGCGCUUCGUGGCCCGUCAUUACGGUGGAGUCAGGCUGUCGGGGAAGGAGAUGGGCCUCAAUUCUUUUAACUUUAUGAGUCAAUCCGCUGUGCAGGUAUGAGGUCCUUACUAUUGGCACAUCUUCUCCUCCCCCUGCUCCUGGUAGCAUGUAGAGAUGUCACAGAAAAGAAGGUCGACAGGAAGCCCAACUUCGUUCUGAUGAUGGUGGACGACCUUGGAAUUGGGGAUGUCGGAUGCUACGGUAACGACACCGUCAGGACUCCCAACAUAGACAGACUUGCCUCUGAAGGGGUCAAGUUGACUCAGCACAUCGCCGCCGCUCCCCUGUGCACCCCGAGCCGGGCCGCUUUCGUGACGGGGCGCUACGCGCUCCGCUCAGGGCUGGCGAGCGCAGGCAGCGUGCAGGUGCUGCUGUUCCUCGGGGGUUCAGGGGGGCUGCCGUCUACUGAGACCACCUUUGCUAAGAGGCUGCAGCUAAGCGGAUACGCCACCGGCCUAGUAGGUAAGUGGCACUUGGGUGUGAACUGUGAAAAGAGAGGGGACCAUUGCCACCAUCCAAACCAGCAUGGCUUCAGCUAUUUCUACGGCCUGCCGUUCACUUUGUUCAACGACUGUGUGCCCGGAGAAGGGAGUGAUAUCAUGGAAGGUAUCCAGCAUACACUUGGAAAUCUGACCGUGAUGCUUGGAGUUGGACUUUUGUCACUGGUGUGUGUCCGUGUGUGUGGCCUCCUUGAAGUCAGACUGGGGCUGCUGGUAGCGCUCGUCCUCCUCAGUACCCUAACAGCCGCAGUGUGGUAUAUACCCUUUAAACACCUGCGGACAUGGAACUGCAUCCUCAUGAGAAACCAAGAAGUGAUCGAACAGCCGAUGACAGUGGAGACACUGCCAGACAGGUUGCUGAAAGAAGCACAGAACUUUAUAAAGAGGAAUGUCGAUCAUCCGUUCCUCCUCUUCUUCUCGUUGGCCCAUAUCCACACGCCGCUCUUCAAAACACCCGCCUUUGCUGGCAAAAGUCGCCAUGGUCGCUACGGCGAUAACUUGGAGGAAGUGGACUGGAUGAUCGGUAAGAUUACGGAGACGGUGGACUCACUCGGCCUCGCCAACAACACUCUGAUGUACUUUACAUCAGACCAUGGUGGACACAUCGAGGACGCUGAUUCCACCAUCGGCCAGAAAGGAGGCUGGAACGGCAUUUAUAAAGGUGGGAAAGCUAUGGGAGGCUGGGAAGGGGGGAUCAGGGUGCCGGGUAUUUUCCGCUGGCCUGGCAGACUGGCAGCUGGAAGAGUAGUGGACGAACCCACUAGCCUCAUGGACCUGUAUCCAACACUGAAAUAUUUGGCCGAAGACACACAACCAGACAGACAAUCAGAUGGCUUUAACCUAAUGCCCCUGUUGGAGGGAAAGGUCGAGCGAUCCGACCAUGAAUUCAUGUUCCACUACUGUGGAAUCUACCUGAAUGCAGUACGCUGGCACCCUGCUGGAACUGACUCGGUCUUCAAGGCGCAUUUUUUCACCCCUAACUUUUCUCCCCCGGGAGCCGGCGGCUGCUACGACACCAAGAUCUGCUUGUGUCACGGGGGACACGUGACGCACCACAACCCGCCGCUGCUGUUCGACCUUUCCCGCGACCCCUCCGAGUCCCGCCCGCUGACCCCCGACGCCGAGCCGCGAUAUGCCGAAAUCCUCGAGCAGACCACCGGAGCUGUGCGGAGGCACAGAGACACCCUCGCAAAGCGGCAGCUGUCCGAGGGCCCUCCUCCGCUCGCACAGGCCCAACGCGUCCGCAGCCAGAUGACGUUGGACCGGAUUCUGUGGAGACCCUGGCUCCAGCCCUGCUGUGGGACUUUUCCCUUCUGCGGCUGCAAAGAAGACACUGCGGGCAUUUAAGUGGCAAUACUUGUGUCCGUCCUUAGUGUUUUCAACGUGAGCGAAAAUGAUGGCGUUUCUUACGGCGCUUGAAGUUCUCAGAUUUAUGUGUAUAUUUGCUUUUUGUUUGUACACAGUAAAGUAAAACUGUAACACAUGGAUGUCUUUAAGAUGCUAAUUCCAAAGCAUUACAACGAUUGAAUCAGUAGGCUAUCGGCUCAAUCGCCAGUUUGUCAUCUCUUUUGACAAUAGAGGUAAUAGAAAUAUUUGUGUCCAUUUUGACUAAUAAACGUAUGAAUCUUCACAACA